AUGAGGGACGGAGAAGACAAAGCAAGCGAGGAAGAAAGAAUUCGCAGAAAAGCGCAGGCAUGGCGUGUCGACCGGAGCGUCCUUGAGCUGAGUCCUGAAGAGCUGGACCAAAAGAUUCGAGACGAAAAAGAAGAAAUACACCAGAGAUGGAGGACCCGACUCGACGUGGAACAACGGCGACAUCAGGAUUACUUCGAACAACAAAGAGAGGACCAACGGGAACUCCUCAAAAGUCUCCCGGCGCCCCCCUGGGUUUACCUCUUUCGCCCCGUCCAGCUGGACGAGUCGCCGCCGCUGAAGUACGACUUCCGCGUCUACCAGCCGUACUUCCAGAGCCUCAUUGAGGCGUCCAGGCCUUUCAUCCACACAAAAAUCGUCCCACCCUCUGCCAUCCAGCGUUUCCUCGAGCGUCGUCACUCCCUCGACUCUUCACUUUCCUCCGGUUUUCGCUUCAAGCAAAUUCAGCCGCUCUUCGCCCACAAUUCAGGAUGCAGCGCCUUCUUUUAUUUUCACACGUGUUUCUCUUCUCUAGCUCCUGCCUUCCUCAACGCUUUGCGGCGCACGAGUCUGUCUCGAAUUGAAUCUCUCGCUGUAGCAGCCGUGAAGAUCGAAGGAGCGAAACAUGAGUUCUACUCGCUGCCCGGCAUUCGAGAAGACAUCGUCGACGACAUUUUCAACAAUCUGGGGAAAAUUGUUUUCAGGGAAAAGAAAGUGGUGUACGUCCACCGGAAGGACAUCCGAGCUUGGCUAGCGAACCGUCAGCGAGACAAGGAAAGAAUGGGGGACGGAAUGGCGGGUGAGAAGGCGGAAAAGGAGGAGCGGCCGGAGGCGAAGGAAGAGACCGCGGUUCGGUUACCGGUUCGGACGGGAGCAGACGAGGCGACAGAAACGGCCGAUAAAGGGGGACAGACCACGGAAAAGGAACGCGGAGACAUGCCCGCUGGCUUGGAAAAAGAAUCGAAAACGAGCCAGGCAGAGGCAGGCGGUGUGUGGAAUCUCCUUCCUCCGGGCACCACACUGGUUAGGACACGACCCCGCGAAAACGCAGAAAAAGGAUGGGCUUCGUGGCUCCAGCCUUCUGCACUGUCGUCAGGGGAGGACACUGAGGACGACAUGUACUACCGCAUUCCCCUUCCCCUCCCUCCCGCAAAUUUCACUCACCCCCUUCGAGCGAAGCUGCGCGUCAGAGGCCCUCUGGUCGCAGUCGCUGGACACAUUCAGCUGCCUGAAGGCGUUGAGGUGGUCAACAAGAACCAGUAUUUGUUUACGGUUAAUUCGGGGUACUACGUGAAUAUGGAUUUCAAAAUUGAGCGCAUCAGAGAAUAUGUGAUGCCGGAGUUUGGCUACGACUCCCUAGAGCGAGACAGAGACGAGGAAGGCUUCAUGUACUUUACAAAUCAUGUGGCGCCUGUUCCCAUUUUUGCCUACGCGGCAGAACGGCGGGGCGAAGCUGUCCACACCAAGUGGGAUGAGGUGAAUGAGAAUGCGCCUCCGGGUGAGGAAGUGGAGCCUGAAGAAGACGAGGAAGAAGCCGCCGUCAUGACCCAGGUCGAAGACAUGCUGCGACAAGCGACCGCUGGUGCACCCGACGUCGUCAAAGCUUCCCUGUCGCCGCUCGUCCAGGGUCGGGAAGCCGCGGAAAAGGAGGAAGGAACGGGCGAAGCCGUGGAACGUGAGAGGCAGGAGGGAAACGAGGGGAGUGGGGGGCAAGACCGGGAACAGCAAGGAGAGCGUGCACAGGCAUUGAUCGUGGAAGAGUCGCGAGACAAAGGUGACGGCGCAGAAGAAAACGAGAAGGGGGCGGUUGCGCAAGAUCGGAGGCCGUCGUCGUCGCUUUCCUUUGAUUCCAUGAAACCGGAAGACCGGUACAACGCGUACCGUCUCCUCGAACCUUCGGAGGAAAUGCGUGCAGCCUAUCGCCGAGACUAUCUUGAGAACGAUCUUCCGUAUCAGAACCUAGGAGAAGUUGUCACACUUGAGGUGCAAACAGACGGGAGUUUGACUCCACGGGAAGCUUUGCUUCACUGCUGCGACGACCUCAUCAAGCAAGUGCUCGAUAUCCAGCAUGCACUCUACCAUAACUGCCACGUCGGCGUGGACGGAACGGAGGAGGAAGAGUUCGACGACCCUGACUGGUAUCAAGAUGCUCACAGAUAUGUGGGGGUUCCGUGGAAUCCGUACAAAGGCUCGGCGGCGCGCAGCCAGAAGCGUCAGGACUUCUUUUUUAAAACCGACGUUCUUCGUCAAUACAACAUCCUCCGCGAAAAAAUGGAUGCGCGUCGAGAGGCGUUCGCUGAGGCCUCUAGUGGGGAGGAGGGAGAGACGCAGGCCACCAAGCCGCGCAUUUGGCCGGUGCCUGGUCGCGGUAUCCGAAGCGACGUCUUCGUGGCGACGUCUCCGGCAGAGGAAGAGAUGAUGAAAGGAGACAUUUUGAGGGAAAAGGAAGAGGCUGUUUAUAGAGAACUGGAAUUCCAACGCAAUCGGCUGCAAGACACCCCAGAGGGCGUGGGGCCACGAUCUGGACCCACGUAUGGCCUGAGCGAGCAUGACUUGGCAGAACGUCUCCUGGAUGAAGAGGAGGAAGAAGAAAGGAUCGUCAACACGAGCGCAAUCAUCCGGAAAGAGCGAGAGGAAGCAUGGAAAGACAAGCAGAGAACGUAUCGUGACCUAGCAGAAAACGAACCGCUGAAACAGCUAGGUGACGGCAAAGGCCUAGUCAAAUAUCCCCCCGACACGAAACCGAUGAUGGAGGCGCCGGAGUGGGUCAUGGAAGAUCCUAUGGGGCAGAGAAAGCCAAUCGGAUUCAGUGAAUUCAACGAUGAUUAG